UCGAAAACAAACCCACUCAGUUUCUUUUCCCCGAUUCUUUAUCACCUCCGCCCCUCUCUCCGGGGCUGACCUCCGCUCCCAUCGCCACUCUCACGACUCUUCUACAUAAUUAGAAGCAUAGCAGAAGUAUCAGAGAAAGGAAAAGAGAGUUCUAAAUAAUGGCGGAUUACCAUUUCGUUUACAAAGAUGUAGAAGGAGCUUCCACUCAAUGGGAUGAUAUCCAAAGAAAGCUUGGCAAUUUACCCCCAAAGCCACCUGCUUUCAAGCCUUCUCCUUUUGAACCUGCACCCGACCUGGAUUCUGCUCCCAAGGACAAGUCUUGGAUCGAUCAAAGGACUGAAGAAGAAGUUGAAGAUCUCGAAGAUGAUCUCGACGAUGAUCGUUUCCUUGAAGAAUACAAAAAAAAGAGGCUAGCUGAGAUGAGGGAAGCAGCUAAGGUUUCAAAGUAUGGAUCAGUGAUGCAGAUUUCGGGAUCCGAUUUCGUACGAGAGGUUUCACAAGCUCCUCAGGAUGUCUGGGUGGUUGUCCUCCUCUACAAAGAAGGAUUGCCGGAGUGUGGGCUGCUUCUACGGUGUUUGGAAGAAUUGGCAGUUAAGUACCCUGCCACAAAGUUUGUCAAGAUAAUAUCCACCGAUUGCAUCCCUAACUACCCAGAUCGUAAUCUUCCAACUCUCUUGGUGUAUAACAGUGGAGCAGUAAAAGCAAAUUAUGUUGGCUUGCACAGUUUUGGCUGGAGAUGCACGCCUGAAGGUGUGGCCUUAGUUCUCUGUCAAUCAGACCCUGUAUUAAAUGAUGGUCAAAGUGGGGGUGACCAAUCACAAAAGGUUGUUCUUGAAGGAGUUCGAAGGCGGUUUAUCGAAAAAAUUGUUACUGAGCAUGAGGAUCGGGACGACGGAGGAUCAUCGAGUGAUUAGAUGUUCAGUACAUUCACUCGGUUUCUUUUGGCUGGGAAAGGAUAACGUCGACAAGCUAUUGUAAUUUCUGGUUUCUUGCAGCUGUUUUUUGGUUGG